AGCCUCUUCGAACUGGUGCAAUUGAAGUUAUCAAGAAGUCGAUUAACAGGAAGGAUUCCAGCAGAUAUAGGACAGAUGAGCUGCGUAGAAUCACUUGAUCUGUCAUGAAACCAGCUUUCAGGUUAGCUUCCUUCAAGCAUGUCCCAGUUAAGUUUUCUCAUUAUCUUGAACCUGUCAAAUGACAACUUUUAUGGGAGAAUUCCGUUAAGCAUCCAGUUGCAAAGCUUUUUAGCUGAUGCAUUUAUCGGGAAUUUUCCACUCUAUGGGCCUCCGCUGACACCAACAUGUCCGGAAGAUGAAAAACCAUCGAAUGGCGUAGGCAUACCCAAGAUGAUGGGGGUGAAUUCUGGAAAGGGUUUAAACCCAGCAUGGAACUUGGAAUGGCUUUUGGUUUCUUGAGAGUUUUGGCUUUAAAGUUGGAUCAUCCAUGGAAACAUUGUUGUAUCUUGCUGUUUGACUACAUGAAGAUCCCCCUUAACAACUUGAAGGACUACCUCUGUUCGACUGUUGAAGCACUGUGGGUUUGGUAGUAACAGUGAAUGUUAGCAGAUUGCGAACAAAGUUGAGGUUCAAAAUGUUUGCUAAGGCUUCAACUUCAAGCACUCAACUUCUCUAGUGAAGUGAAAUUCCAGCGUUUCUUUUCAGCCCUCACAGGAUACCACAUCUGGCUUCCUUUCGAGUAGUAGUGUAUUUUUUUGUUUCUAUAUAUAUUUGCUCUGUUAUAUUGUGGUCUAAAACUCUGAAUGGAUGGCUUAUGAAAUGGAUGGUUUAUGUCUUGUGUUGUAGCUUUCGUCCGCACUUGUGUUGGAUGGUUUGUUUUUCUUUCCUUUAAGGGCAAAUUUCAAUAAAAACAGGUUCAAAAUGUUUGUUAAGGCUUCAGCCUUCAAGGACUCAACUUCUAUGGUGAUGUGAAAUUCCAAUGUGUCUUUUCAAUCCUCAUAGGAUUCCGUAUCUGGCUUCCUUUCUUUCUAUCUAUGUGCUCUGUUAUUUUGUGGUAUGAACUCUGAAUGGAUGGUUUGUGUCUUGUGUUGUAUUAGCUUUCAUCCCCUUGUGUUGGAUGGUUUGUUCUGUUUUCCUCAAAGGGCAAUAUUUCAAUAAAAUCAGCGAUGCAAAUCAUAGUUAUUAAACUAAUCCUUUUGUUUACAUUUCAGUCUUAGCUAUACAAUACUAUACCCAUUUUCGCUUGUCAUCAUAUUUGAAUUUGAGGCUUCUACUAUGGAAAUCCUGUAGAAACAAGAAAUUGUGUUAGUACAA